GAAACAGUGUCCUCAGUCUCUUCUAGAAAAUUCCCAGUUUAGAACCCCAAAAGAGUGGCCAGCAGUCACCAAGUCAGUUUCUCUCCUGUGUGCAGCUAAUGAGACUGGUAGGCCAGCCGCUUCCUCCUGGUUGCCAUGGAAAUGACCAGGCCGCUGGCCCUCUGAAGACGGAAAAGAACAGCACGUGGAAGACCACGCAUUCCACCCUGGCUUGCAGAUUAACCCAGCUGUCAAGCCAGGGUGAAGGAUCCGCGGCCAGGCAGAGGUCUGUGGAGUGGAGAAGCGAGGCCUCACGGUGGAACUCUGAGAUGGCCAUCGGUUCCUUCGUGGAAUCUUCCACCACAUUCCAUUGGCCAGAAUUCAACCACAUGGUGCCACUUCACUGCCAGAAGCUCAGAAAUAAAGUCCAACAGCGUGCCAAGGAAGGAGAGGAGAGCAUGGCAUUCAUAGGCACUAGAAGUCUCUGAUACACUUUGAUUGUAAGACACAGUAAGUUCCAACAAAUUGGCUCACAGAGGUGGGGUAUGAACACACUGGCCCACACUGGGCGAGAAUGGCACUGCCUCCCAGGCCCUGUCUCCUUCUGAUCAGUGCUCUGGGCGUCUUUGCACUUAACCGCUUCACCAAAGGUCAGAAGAACAGCACGCUCAUCUUCACAAAGGAAAACACCAUUCAGAACUGUAGCUGCUCUGCAGACAUCCGGGAUUGUGACUACAGUUUGGCCAACCUGAUGUGCAGCUGUAAAACUGUCCUGCCCCUUGCUGUGGAGCGAACCAGCUAUCACGGCCAUCUGACCAUCUGGUUCACGGACACAUCUGCGCUGGGCCGCCUGUUGAAUUUCACACUGGUCCAAGACCUGAAGCUUUCCUUGUGCAGUACCAACACUCUCCCCACUGAAUACCUGGCUAUUUGUGGUCUGAAGAGGCUGCGCAUCAACAUGGAGGCCAAGCAUCCCUUCCCAGAGCAGAGCUUAUUCAUCCAUAGCAGUGGGGAUGGUGACUCCACAGAGAAGCCCACGUGGUUACACAAAGGCUGGCAGCCAUGUAUGUAUAUUUCAUUCUUAGAUAUGGCUCUUUUCAACAGGGACUCGUCCCUAAAAUCGCAUAGUAUUGAAAAUGUUACCAGCAUUGCCAACAACUUUCCUGAUUUUUCUUACUUUAAAACCUUCCCAAUGCCAAGCAACAAAAGCUAUGUUGUCACAUUUAUUUACUAACAUAGUAACUGUUCAGCUGCCUCUAACUUUGGCAAACAAUGGAUAAUCUGCAGAAGGAAUCUGGAAAUAAGGCCAUGAAAUAGGUAUCCCUAGCCACAGCUGUGCCUCUCUCCACUGGCUCCAUGAAAAACAAAAGAAAAAGAAACCAAAAAACCAACGUGAUUCUGUCCAGGGACAGGUCUUGGGAGCCAGCUAGGCUACGUCUCCACAAUUAGGAACCUGCAGGGAAAUGUCCCAUCGGAAAUGGAGAAAGCAAUACACCCUAGAGACUGCUUAGUGGAGCUCCACCUAGGAGGUGACCCCCAAGAAACAUAUCUUCUUUCAAAAUACUGCCUUAAAUUUUUUUCUGUUUCAUUUUGUGACAUUGCUUGGAAUUCCCCUAAGUAGAGAAUAAUCAAUUUCAGAGGUUUGGGGACUACGAGUUUUAUAAAAUGAUUAGGUUCUCUGAAACUGAUCUUUUCCAAAUACCCUGCUAAGAACAGAUGCACUGAGAAAUAAGAGUUUGGAGACUGCAUUUGUUGGGGUGGAGGUAACACAGUCAUGGAUAGGGUGGGACCUCAGGACCCAAUGAGGGGACCAGGGUUCCAGGAAGAUGGAUGCAGAAGUGAAAAUUGGAGGACACAAAACGCAUUUGCAUCUAUCUCAAAAUUUUGCUUAGAGCAUGGCCUAACAGAGAGGAAAGUUCUUCUUUUCCAGCCUUUCACAUUCCUUUCCUUAUCUUUCUUUGUGUCAUCUGUCUUUGCCCCUGCUAUACCACUUCCCCUAUUUUCUUUUCUCAUUUUCAUCUUCUUUCUCCUCCUUCUCCUUUUCCUCUUGCUCCAAAAAUCAGAACUUAGAUGAAUACCAUUAACCACAUUAGGGGCUAGCCUAGGAAUCUACUAACCACUUACAACAUUAUUUCUAUUGAUAAAAGUGCUCAAAUUAUUAACAGAUAAUUAACAACAACAAAAAAAACUUUUAAAUCCCAGUUCAUUUGUUUAAGAUUGCAAAGUGAAGACAUUUUAUAUGACAUGGUUAACACAAAAUGUUUUUAUGUGUGCUGAUAAAAGGAACCAAAGCAACAUACUGUUUAAAAAAAUUAAAUGGACUCAUUAUUGUACCAAGAAAAUUUUCACUCAUAGAGACCCAAUUUGACAUUAAAGUGGACUAUAAAGGAUCCAUGGCAGGCUGGGCACAGUGGCUUACGUCUGUAAUCCCAGCACUUUGGGAGGCUGAAAUGGGUGGAUCACC